GGCUGAGGCAACCGCUUCUCCCCGUCAGCCACGUCCAAUAUUUAAUCCAUCUAGUGUUGUCCCAACGGUGGCUGAAGACUGAGGAAUCAUCAAGGUACUUGAGGUUACCUGAGCCUUACUUUCGCAACAUGGCACGAGCAGCUCCGUUGAGAAGAAGUGCUACUGAUUUAGUUAGCUGGCAUCAAGAUCAAGCCCUCAAUACAACAAUAUACAUUCUGAGAGAAUUAGGUCCAGUUGGAUUUCUUCUUAAAGAAGAGGGUGUAGCUAAAUAUUUUAAAGUGAAUAUAGGAAAUCUUCACAACUGCAGCUGUUCCAACUUUGUCAAAGAAAAGGACCUCUGCAAACACAUCUGCUGGAUUUUGUUAAAGAAGUUCAAGCUACCACGUGGUCAUGAAUACUCUUUCCAACUUGGCCUUGUGGACCGAGAAAUUGAAAUAUUGCUGGACAGUCUUCAUACAGAGCAGACAGUGCAGCCACCCACCAGCAAGAUAAAGCAAGAUGAUGAAGAAAUGGCUGGAGCUAUAUGCCAGAAGGAAAUUGAUCCAGAAGAUGUCUGCCCAAUUUGUCAGGAAGAACUAUUGAAAAAGAAACAACCUGUAACAUAUUGCAGAUAUAGCUGUGGUAACAGUGUCCAUAUCAGAUGCAUGAAGAUUUGGGCAGAACACCAGGCAAAGACUGAGAUUGAAACCAUCAUCAAGUGCCCUCUCUGCAGAGAGGAGUUUGCACCACUGAGUCUCCUGCAAGAAGAAUACAGAAACUCCACCAAACUUUUGGCAGCAGAAAGAGAAAGACUUGACAGACACCUUGGCAUUCCAUGCAAUAACUGUCAGUUUUGUCCAAUUCAGGGAAAAUGCUACAGAUGUUUAAGCUGUCCUGAUUUCCACCUUUGUCAGGAGUGUUUUCCAUGCCUGAACCAUCCUCAGCACCAGUUCGCUUUUCGAGAGAAGAGGAAUCAACGUUGGAAACCACUACAACAGGUAUCCGGCCAGCCUUUGCCAUUAGCAAUUAUCAAUGAUCUAAUGAAUAGAGAGAUAGUUUCAAAAGACUAUGAAAUACUUCUGCAAUUGGACAGGUUGUUAUUGGUAGAAUUUGCUUUUUCUGCUGGCCUGAAGUGGUUAUUCCAAAUCGUCAAGCUGACCAUGAUGAUAGCUCCCUUUUCCACAGAGGAGUUGCUGAUGGUUUCCUUUCACAAAGACUGCAUUGACCAUUGGCUAUUGCAUGAGUCCAAUUCUUGUCCAAUUGAUGGACAAGCAGUCUAUAAUCCAUUAACCUGGAAUGAGGGAUCAAGCAGAAGAAUAAAGAAAGAGGCAUCCAACAAUUCUGAGCAUUCCAGACAUAAUAUUCAAUCAGAUCAACCUCAGUUUGUUAUUCCAGUGAUUGGUUACCAUUCAUCACUGAGAAAAGCAAGCAGCAACCAAACCUCUUAUCAGCCAAAACAAGGUCAGCAUCAAAGAGGACACAGAGAUCAAAACCCAGUAAGCAUCACAGAGGAUUUCACUGUAAAUGGAUUAAGUUACCUUCGUUUGAACGCAGUAAAAAAUGAGACAAGUGUAGAUCAAGGUCAUGACGCUGGGUAUUCAACACCUAUAGGGGUGUUUCAAGAACAUUCCCCAAGUCUUUUAUCUGGUACAAGAAAUAAAAAUCAUUCUGCUGCAUCUCUUCAUGUUGAAGUGAAGCCAAAGAACUCUAAAGAUAGUCAAAUAAAGAAGAAAGAAAUUGGCAUUAGCAAGACUCAUAGUGCUGGCUUAAGCAGUACCUCCAUACUGCAUCCUAUGAACAAUGGCAAGUCAGACUCAACAGAAUUAUCAUCGCUGGAACAGAUUUUACACCUGGAGGUUUGUCCACAUGAUAGCAGUUCCACACAGAGAAUCCAAAGCACUGGAUUUAAAGGUGAGAUCAGAAAACAAGUCGGACAUCUUUUGAGAAAAACCAGCUGCACUUCUAUGAGUUCAGCUGCUGAGAAUGCGUCUCUUGCAAUGGAAGGAGUUGCAGUGAACACCAGACUAUAA